UCCACUGGAUUAGAGCGCUCUCUCCCGGACUCCAGGUUCAAGACAUUACCGUGUCUGUGUCUCGGUGUGUGUGUGUGUGGAUCCAGUGGGAGAAAAAAAAAUACCCGGAGAGGGACAGAGACCGAUUUCGCCCCGUACAAAUGUGUGUGGCCUGCGAAUAUGUGGCGUUAACUCGGGCCAAAUCAUCUCGUGGACACGACGGCGCAUCGACAAUGAGGGAAUAAUCGGACGGAGACGAACGGAGAGGCUCGUCCGUAGCUUUUUUUGUUUUUUUUGUUCGAGUGGGAUCACAGCUGCUGGGCUACGAGGAAAAAUGUCGGGAAAAAUAGAGAACAAGCAAGACUCGCAGCGGUCCCAUUUGUCCUCUUUCACCAUGAAACUGAUGGACAAGUUCCACUCUCCCAAGAUCAAGAGGACUCCAUCCAAGAAGGGCAAGCAGCUGCAGCCGGAGCCGGCAGCCAAGAGUGCCGAGAAACCUGCAAACAAGAAGGUCAGCCGGCUGGAGGAGCACGAGAAGGAGGUGGUCAGCGCCCUGCGCUACUUCAAGACGAUCGUGGACAAAAUGGUCGUGGAGAAGAAGGUGCUUGAGAUGCUCCCCGGCUCGGCCAGCAAGGUGCUGGAAGCCAUCCUGCCUCUGGUUCAGGUGGAGGCGCGCAUACAGCACAGUUCGGCGCUCUCUUCCUGCCAUAACCGGGUGUACCAGAGCCUGGCCAACCUCAUCCGUUGGGCGGACCAGGUGAUGCUGGAUGGCAUCGACCUGGAGGACAAGGAGAACGUGGCGUCCGUCACCAGCGUCAUCAAAGCGGUCCUGGAUGGAGUCAAGGAAUUGGUGAAGCUGACCAUAGAGAAGCAGGAGCAGCCGUCACCCACCACCCCGAACAAACCGGCGCCACCUGCCAUCGUGGCGGAGAGCAGCGUGACGUCGGAGAAGCCCUCGGCGGCUCGGGAGCAGGAGGCCUCGAAAAAGACGGCUGCGGCAGCGACUCCCGCAGAGGCUGCCACGGACGUGCCAGAAGAGGAAGUGGCCCCUCCCAAACCCCCCCUUCCUGAAGCCAAAAUGGCAGAGCUCAGAGCACAGUUGAGUGCUGACGCUGGCCAAAGGAGACCCUCUCAGAAGGAGAACCCUCCGCCAGCCCUCCCCCCCAAGAAGCGCCAGUCGGCCCCCUCGCCGACGCGCGUCGCCGUGGUCGCCCCGAUGAGCCGCGGCUCCAGCCUGCCCUGCAGCGUCCACAGACAGCAGCAGGACUAUGAGCAGGAGUUCCUCCAGAGGCGUUUCUCUGGAGGGAGCCAGUCCUACGGGGGGGAUUCCCCGCGCCUCUCUCCGUGCAGCAGCAUGGGGAAACUUAGUAAGUCUGACGAACAGCUCUCGUCCAUGGAGCAGGACAGCGGUCAGUGUUCUCGUAACACCAGCUGUGAGACGCUAGACAACACGGAGACUUACGACCCGGAUUACGACUUCCUCCACCAGGACUUGUCAGCUGGGGAAACUCCCCCAGUCCCCGUGGGGGGGUGCCUGAGCCCACUGCCCGAGUCACACAGCGAGUCCUCCUCCCCGGUCCCCGGACAGCAUCCCUCGCACCCCCGCUUCAGCGCCCCCGCCUCACAGCAGCAGUCAGAAUACUGGACCCCGCAGCCCAAUCAAACCAACCCCUUACGCCCCUGCCGCGUCAGCGCGCCCCCCGCCCUUCCCCAGAAGAAGCGACGCAGCACCCAGAAUUCGCCGUUCCCCGACGCGGGCUCCAGGGUGCUGUACGAGCGCUACCCCUCCCAAUAUGACAACCUGUCGGAGGAGGAGCUGCACCCCACGCCGCCGUUCCCCCUUUUCACGCCCAUCUCCCCCAUGCCCCAGACCAACGGGGGCGUGUUCAUCGCCCAGUACGUAGCCGGCGAGCACGCGGACGUCCCCAUCAGCCCGCCGCCACUGCCGGAAAAGAAAAGCAGACACAUCCUCCAGUACAUGCAGUUUGUGGAAGACUACUCGGAGCCGCAGCCCUCGAUGUUCUACCAGAUGCCGCAGAGCGAGAGUAUCUACGAGCAGCGCAACAAGCGCUUCCAGGAGGUCUACGGCUUCAACGACUCCUUCAGCAGCACCGACUCGGUCCACGAGCCGGUGCUGCCUCCAGCGUUGCCCCCGAAACAAAGGCAGCUGGCCUCCCACUCUUCCUCCCCCUCUUCCUCCUCCUCCUCUUCCCUCUCCUGCCACCUCCAGCCGUCUGUAGCGGCCAUGGAGGAGGCGGGCUCUGCGCUGGGCCUCAGCAUGUCCGUUUCUAACUCCUACCUGAUUGGCCAAGCUUCUUUGAUCACACCCACGAGCUUGGACCAGGUUGCGUUGACCAGCGCCACCGUUCUGGAUGGCGGUGGGGACGGGCCCAACGGUUCCCUGGCCGGCUCACUGGGCUCUGUGGCUGUCUGUCUUCCUUCCGACUCGUCUCUCGCUGACUCUCUCCACGCCUCAGCGAGCGAGUGCGCAAACGACGAGGCCGGGGAGGGCGAGUACGUCAACUUGUACUCAUCCAGCCGGGCCAACGGGGAGCUGCCUCUCUCCCUCAGAGAAACGAUCACGGCGGACGACGUACUUCAAGACCCCAACCCUCAAAUGCCCUCCACCAAUAGCAAAGAGGCUUUGGACAAGGAGAGGAGGCAGAAGUCAACCGAGUCGGCUGGGAGCGACGAGGAAGACGUGGACGAGCUCUCCCUCAUAGACCACAAGGAGAUCAUGAGCAGGAUAACACUAAAACAGGAGAACGACGACGGCCCCGACGUCCGUGCGGGAUCAGGAGACAUUCUGUUAGUCCACGCGACAGAAACGGACCGCAAAGAUCUCGUUUUGUACUGUGAAGCCUUUCUGACGACGUAUAGGACUUUUAUAACCCCAGAGGACCUCAUUAAGAAGCUACACUACAGAUACACCAGGUUCUGCCACAGUCCGGACACCUUCAAGAAGCGGGUCAGCAAGAACACUUUCUUUGUGCUGGUUCGUGUGGUGGAUGAGCUGUGCCUGGUGGAGCUGACGGAGGACAUCUUGAAACAGCUGAUGGACCUGGUCUUCACGCUGGUGUGCAACGGCGAGCUCAGCUUGGCCCGCGUGCUCCGCAAGAACAUCCUGGAUAAGGUGGAGCAGCGGAAGCUGCUGCGCUACACCAACUCGCUCAAGCCGCUCGCCGCCCGAGGGGUCUCCGCAAGGCCCGGCACGCUCCACGACUUCCGCAGUCACGAGAUCGCCGAUCAGCUCACUCUCCUCGACGCCGAACUCUUCUACAAGAUCGAGAUUCCCGAGGUGCUGCUCUGGGCCAAGGAGCAGAAUGAGGAGAAGAGUCCCAACCUGACUCAGUUCACGGAGCACUUUAACAACAUGAGCUAUUGGGUCCGCUCGUUGAUAAUUCAGCAGGAGAAAGCUCAGGACCGAGAGAAGCUGCUUCUCAAGUUCAUAAAGAUAAUGAAGCACUUAAGAAAGUUGAAUAAUUUCAACUCCUACCUAGCGAUUCUGUCCGCUCUGGACUCGGCCCCCAUCCGGAGAUUGGAGUGGCAGAAGCAGACUUCAGAGGGACUGGAGGAAUAUUGCACGUUGAUUGACAGCUCCUCGUCCUUCAGAGCGUACCGAGCGGCUCUGGCUGAGGUGGAGCCGCCGUGCAUCCCCUACCUGGGUCUCAUUCUGCAGGACUUGACCUUCGUCCACCUGGGGAACCCCGACCUCAUCGACGGGAAGGUCAACUUCUCCAAACGCUGGCAGCAGUUCAACAUUCUGGACAGCAUGCGGCGCUUCCAGCAAGUGCACUACGAGCUGAAGCGCAACGAGGACAUUGUCUGUUUCUUCAACGACUUCAGCGACCACCUGGCGGAGGAGGCCCUGUGGGAGCUGUCGCUAAAGAUCAAGCCCAGGAACAUCACCAGGCGCAAGACGGACCGCGAGGAGAAGACCUAGGCGGGGGGCCGGCCCUCCGACACUGACCUCCAACUGUGCUUCAUGACACUAACUCCACUUUACUACAAACUGAGCGAAGGACGAAUGGCAGCGAUCCGCUGGAGCUAAUGGAAGACUCUUUUGGGGGGGGGGGGGGGGCGCAGCAAUCACCACAGAGCGGACGUAACCAAAGGCCCACUCCCAUGGCUCUCUGUUCCAGAGUGGAGCUGCGUGCGUGUGAGGGAUAUUGAGCUGAAUGGUCCAUUACUUUCAAAGUUGUUCCUCUUUUCUUUUUCUUUCUUUUACGUAUGUGCCAUUUGUUGGUCGUCUUCGCCCGGACUCACGACGGCAGAACCACAGGAGA